ACGUCGCUGGAGUGUGGCUGCAUAUGUAGCUUUCUACAUAUCCAUGGUUCUAUUCUCUUACCUAGUUUCCUACCGACUCCACUGACAAAAUCCAGCAUAUACCAAAUACACGUGAGUCAUCUUCCUCCCUCUCUAUUAUUGUGGCUUUGGAGGCACCGAUCAAGCGAGAAGGAGAAUGGCGUUGAGGUUGAGUAGAGAGGACGUGCGCGGGUUCAAAUUCUUGCUCGCUUUGGCGCUCAUGUACGGCCUCAUGGCCAUGCUGGCCUACUCCGUCCUCCACAUGAAGUUCGUCAAGCCGCUUGGGAACGACGCGCCUCUCGGCCGGUUCUCGGAGGCGAGGGCGGUCGAGCACGUCCGCGUUUUGUCCAAAGAGAUCGAUGGCCGCCAAGAAGGACGUCCUGGUUUGAGAGAAGCUGCUCAUUAUAUCAAAGGCCAGCUGGAAAUGAUGAAGGAUCGGGCCGGGUCCGAUAUUAGAGUAGAUAUCGAGGAGACUGUUGUUAAUGGCUCCUUCAGCAUGAUAUUCUUAGGCUACAGCAUCACGCUGGCCUAUAGAAACCACAUAAACAUUGUAAUGAGGAUAUCAUCAGCAGAUGCACAAGACACUGACCCGUCACUUUUACUGAACGGCCAUUUUGAUAGUCCACUCGGUUCCCCAGGUGCUGGUGACUGUGGUUCAUGUGUUGCAUCGAUGCUGGAAGUAGCAAGACUCACUGUAGACUCUGGCUGGGUCCCUCCCCGACCUAUUGUUUUUCUUUUUAAUGGUGCAGAAGAGCUAUUUAUGUUGGGUUCACAUGGCUUCAUAAAGACACAUAAAUGGCGUGAUACAGUUGGAGCUUUUAUAAAUGUGGAAGCAUCUGGUAGUGGAGGUCCUGACUUAGUUUGCCAAUCUGGACCUGGUUCUUGGCCUUCUGAUGUCUAUGCCCAAUCAGCAGUAUACCCGAUGGCACAUAGUGCUGCUCAGGAUGUUUUUCCUGUUAUUCCUGGAGAUACAGAUUACCGAAUAUUUUCCCAAGAUUAUGGCAACAUUCCUGGGCUGGAUAUUAUCUUUCUCCUUGGUGGUUAUUUUUAUCAUACCUCCUAUGAUACAAUGGAGAGACUAUUACCUGGAAGCAUCCAAGCACGUGGAGAAAAUUUGUUCAGCAUGAUUAAAGCCUUCACCAAUUCUUCUAAGCUACAAAAUGCCCAUGAUAGAGAAUCUUUUGCUGCUACUUCCAAUGGAUACAUGGAUGAACGAGCUGUUUUCUUUGAUUACUUAACAUGGUUCAUGAUAUUCUAUUCAAGAAGAAUGGCCAUGGUACUUCAUAGUAUUCCUAUUGCCAUCUUCCUUACUAUGCCCUUCUUUUUGUGUUUACUGUAUUCUGGAUCGCGAUCUUGGUUUGCAAUCUUCUGUGAUUUUAUGCGAGGAAUGCUGUUCCAUGCUACUGGGAUUAUACUUGCAAUUAUUAUUCCGAUUUUAUUUUCCAUCCUAAGGUUGCUGUUCUCUCGGUAUGCGAUGAGCUGGUUUGCUCAUCCAUACUUGGCUUUCAUGAUGUUUGUCCCUGGUUCACUUGUUGGUCUGUUGAUUCCAAGAAUUGUUUGGAGUUGCUUUCCCCUCUCUCAAGCUGUUUCAGUUCCUAAGACAUCAAGAGAGGAACUAUCUGACGAAGCUAGGUUUUGGGGAGCAUUUGGGUUUUAUGCAAUAAUAACUUCGGCUUAUCUUUUAGCUGGUCUGUAUGGGGGCUUCUUGACUUUUUUCAUUUCCGCUUCGAUGCUUGCCACAUGGGCUUCCUUUUGCUUGUCAGUCAAAUCUUAUGGAUGCCAAUCACUCAGAUCAACGGUGUUUUACAUGAUACCUCUGAUUCCAUGCCUUAUAUACUCUGUUUACUUCGGGGGGUUUCUUGCUCAAUUUUUGAUUGAGAAGAUGGGCAUGAUGGGUGCUGUUCCACCCCCUUAUGGGUAUUUUCUUCCAGAUAUAGUAAUGGCAGCAAUAAUUGGAGUUACAACUGGCUGGUGUGUGGGGCCCCUCAUACCUAUAUGUGGUCAUUGGUUAGCCAGGUCAUCAAUUUUGCAAUUUUUGCUGCAUCUUAGUGUGCUUGCCUUGGCUCUGUCAUCGCAAUUCUUCCCAUACAGCAAGGACGCGCCUAAGAGGCUUAUCUUUCAGCAUACAUUCCUUACUGCAGAUGGAAAUCGGGUUGUGGACUCUACUUAUGAUCUUUCUGUAGUGGAUUCCAAUUCUUUACCUUUUGUUUUCAAAUAUGCACCUGAAGUGGCAAACGAAUUGCAAAUUAGUUCGGAGUUAUCUUUCGAAACUGCAGCGUUGUCUCAUCGAGAGACUUGGAUGGCACUAUUUCCAGUUUCUUUUUUGUUCUCAAGAAUGUUGAAGUUCCCCUCGCAAAGUGAUGAUGUUCUGAAGCAGUAUAGAUAUCUCCCCCAUUUGUCUAUUUAUAAGCCACAAACAAUUUCUAUAGAAGGAUCUCGAAGAGUUUACUUGGAACUUUCAUUAGGUACCUUGGAGGAGGUUUGGGUUACAGUCCUUAACAUUACUGGUCCUUUAUCCGGUUGGUCAUUUGCAGAUGGUAUUCUUCCAGCUCCUGAAACAAUCGGUGGUGGUCCGCCUUCAUAUAUAUGUAGACUUAGUGGAGCCAGCCGUGAGAAUUGGACCUUCUGGUUAGAGGCCAGCAGUAGUGAGGAGGAUUUAAGAGUGGAAGUUGCUGUGUUAGACCAAAAUUUAUUCGAUCCGGCAAAGAAGUUGAAAAGCCUUUUCCCGGACUGGGUGGAUGUUACUGCCUAUUCUAGCUUUAUGUCCAGUUAUAUCUUUUAGUUUCACAUUGGCAGGUUUCCUUGCAUAAAUACCAAAGAAGGGCUGGCCCUGCAUUGGUUGGAAAAUCACUCUUGAAUGAGAUAGUUUAAUAAAAUCAAUAUCAGUUUUAGAAUUCA